AUGCGGCAUAGUUAUCAUAUCAUUCUGAUUGCUUUUAUUGUCUCACCAACAAUAAAUGCAUUUCUAUUCGACAAAGAAGGUCUUAUUCUUGUACCAUCAGUGGCUUUCCGAGAUCAUUCAACACCAGAAAAAUCACCAGCUGAUUGGAAUUUACAUAAUCAAGGAUGGUAUUAUGAAGAAAAUCCAAUUCAAGCAUUUUUAAUGGAAAAAUCUUUAGAACUUAUUGUUCAAAAAGACUUAGAUCGAAAUCGUGUUAAAAUGUUCACUGCUGAAGGUAAAGAAAAAAAAGAUUUAUGCAUUGAUGGUCUUAGUCGAUCGAUGUGUGCUAAAACGGAUGACGAAGGACGUCUUAAAAAUACAUUUAAAAUGACAAAUCAAGAAAUUGAAUUAUUUCGUCAAACUGGUGGUGGUAAUGGUAAAGUCGUAUUUCAAGCAUCAGUACGUAAUAAAAAUGUAAAAGGAACAGGUGAAAUAUUCUUAUGUGAUGAUCAUGGUGUUACAUUUAUAAGUGAUAUUGAUGAUACAAUUAAAAUAACUGAAGUAACAUCUUCAACACAAACACUUAUUAAUACAUUUAGUGGUGAUUUUAAAGCUGUUGAAGGAAUGUCAGAAAUAUAUCGUCAUUGGCAACAAGAAUAUAAUGCAACAUUUGCAUAUUUAACAGCAUCAUCUGAUCAAUUAUAUCCAUUUUUAAGAGAAUUUUUUGAUCGUGAAGGAUUUCCAACUGGUUCAGCACAUAUGAGACAUUUUACUUGGCUUGAUAGUAAUUAUAUUACAUUUUUUAUGUCAUCAAGUUAUAUGAAAAAGAAAACUGAAACAUUAGAAAUGUUUUUACAAAAUACACGUGAUCGUACAUUUGUAUUACUUGGUGAUGUUUUUCAAAAAGAUCCAGAUAUAUAUGCAAGUGUUUAUGCUCAAUAUCCUGAUCGUAUUGCGAAAAUUUUUAUUCGUAAAUAUGAUAAUGAUGUUGUUGGACAAGAACGACUUGAAACAGUAUUUAAAGAUAUACCACGUCAUAAAUGGGCAACAUUUGAAAAAGGUUCUGAUUUAUCACGAAAUGUUUUUUGA